AUGACACGUUUGCAGAGCCAACUCCAGUACCUUAAGACGCUCUUGCUCCAGGUCCAUGGUGGUGGCCUCAGGAUAGGCUUCUUUGAUAUUUUGAACCAUGCACCCAAUCUAAUAGAAUUCGAGAUCAAGAUUGUUAUGGAUCGUCGCUCUGGGUUGAUUCAUCAUGGAGAUGCAGAGGAUGACUUGAUGAAAGAUAAUUCAAAUACAAUGAAUGCUCAUUGGUCGCCAGAAGAGCCCAAGGUUUACCAUGAAAGAUAUGGUUUUCGUGUAUUCAAUGUAGAGAAGUGUGCAAUCAACCAACAUGUAUUGGAGCGUAUUGUAAGCACGUGCCCGAAGCUUCGAGUCUUCAAAGUCAGGGAUAUCAAUGAUAGCGUCCGAAUUCCAGGGCAAGGGUACGUAACAUUCAGAAUGGACCAUGAACGGCUUCUCAAACACACUAAAAGGAUGUGCUCUGGCCUUGAAUGGUAUAAUGUGACCAACGCAACCUAUGCGGCGACAGACCGACAGCACGUCGAGCGAAUUCACUGUUAUUUCACAGGUACUCGUUUCCUGUCCUUGCCUUGUUGCCGCCAUGAAUUCGAAGACUUAAGCUCGUUUGUGGCACUCCCAGCAGCAACAAUGUUUCGACAACAUCACUGUCCUGGAGAUCGUUCAGGCGUGUUCAAGCACCCCUACAUCAAGCCUUAUAGAGAUGAUCCUAUCGAUAAUAACAGUGGUAACAACAGUAAUAACGUAUCAACAACAGCGACAGCAGUAACGUUAUUAGCCACUGAAGCCGGUGCCGAAGAGUCUUCCACUCUCUAUAUUGGCCAGCUCAUGGAUUUCCCCCAUGUUUAUGAUCGACUCACUGAAGAGAGAUUGGAGGCUGUUAAAUUGAAACGAGAUCGGUCGGAUACGAUAACAAAACAGCGACAAAACCAGAGUGGAUACGAGCCACAACAGCAACAACAACAGCAACAACCGGAUCAACGACGACAAAAUAAUAGGACAUCAAGAGCAGUAACAGGCAUCAAUAAGAACAGUCGAAACAAUCGCUGGUGGUAUUGGGAUAAAAAGUACAAGUAUACAUUGGAUGAGCUAGGGACAUUGUGGCCAUGCUUAGAGGCGUUCCAUAUAUUAUAUAGAGAUUCAGAUCUAGUGGGAAACUAUGAAAGUGUUCUUGAGGGUGCAUCGGCCAUGCGGCCUGAGAUCGAGUUUAUCAUUAAGCAACGAUUUGCUGCUUGA